CACACGACCACCUCCACGCCACACUAUGUCCAUCGUCUCUCUCCUCCUCGCGCCGACGCUCGGCUACGUCGACCGCGGCAUUCUCAAGCUCGACAACACCACGUUCGACAAGAUCGUCGACGGCUCCCGCGCUGUCAUUGUCCGCUUUGACAAGGAGUAUGCGUAUGGCGACGAGCACGACGCGUGGAAGGACUUCGCAAAGAAGGUUGGCGAGUCGUCCGCCUCGCUGCUGAGCUGCGACGUCGGCGUGUCGGAGUAUGGCGACAAGGACAAUGCCGACAUUGCUGAGCGCUUCUCCAUUAAGACGGACGACUUCCCGCAGUACCGUCUCUGGCUCAAGGGCUCGGGCUCCGACAAGUCGCCGGUGGUCUACAGCGGCGAGAAGAAGAGCGACGCGUUCCUGCGGUUCGUGCAGGAGAAGGCGGGUGUGUGGAUCGGCUUGCCGGGGCAGGUCAAGGAGCUCGACGCGAUCGCGAAGAAGUUUGGCACCGCAGCAGACAAGACGGGGUUGGUGGCAGAGGCAAAGGCGCUUGGCAUGAGCGACGAGGCGGCCAAGUACUACCUCAAGGUGAUGGACAAGGCGGCGGCCGACGGCGGCUUCAUCAGCAAGGAGACGGCGCGCUUGCAAAAGAUGAUUGACGACGGCUCCGUCAAGCCGGCCAAGAAGGAGCAGUUCGGGCGCCGGCUCAACGUGCUCUCGUCGUUUGCGUAGAGCGGCCAUGGCCCCCCUCUCCGCGGCGGCGGCGGCGGGGAGUACGAGUAGGCCGCCAUAGGAGAGGCUGCCGCUGCGGGCCUUCAGUAGGAGUGUGUGUGGCUGUGCUUGCGCGGGGGAUGAUGGGGAGCGGAGAGGUGCUUGUGCGCGGCGGGAGAUGACACACGCAAGUUGCAAUUUCAAGUUCGGGAGCGGGCGCGAGAGGUGCGAGGUGUGGCUGGCAUGGGGUGGCUGGCAUCUCUUGGUUGGUUCAGGAUUCAACAUAACAGUUACCAGGCGCGAACAUCUCUGUAUGGGGCAGCGCUACGGCCGGUACGGGGGGCGCGGCGUGCGCGGCCGCCCGUGCGCCGUGGCGCGUGUGGGCAGCUCACGUCGCCAGCACUCUGGGGGGGGACGGGCUCGACGCAAGUAUGGCAUGAGAGGGGGCACUGGACGAAAGCACAGUCAAAGUGGGCGCGGCACUCCGCGUUGAGGGCGACGGAACGGGACAAGAGAGCAAGUGGACGAGACAAAUCACGCACAAAGACGAGCAAGAGCGGCAAGUAGAUACCCGGCGGCGGGGAGCGGUCCCGGCGAUGCAGGGGUGCAAGGGGUGAAUGUUACACGGCGCGCGGUCGCUCAGACCCCAAAGCGCUCGGGGUCCGGGCCUGCGCCUGGCCUCCCCUCGAGCACGUUCGCGCGCUCGAGCUUCCAGCACUUGACGUGCCCAGUCAUCUGCUCGAAGGUGGAGAGGCUCCAGCCGCCGCGCAUGUUGACGACGCUCUCGACGUCCUCCUGCAUCCCCUUGAGAUACGACGGGACGUACGGCUCGCCCGCGAGGAACGCCGUCGCCUGCGCCUUACGCAGCGGGUCUUGCAGCAGCAGCAGCUUGUACUUUGGGUCGAUGUCGGCGAUCAGCACAUACUUGCGCGCGAUGCGCGCCGCGUUGCGGAGCACGCGCCGCCGCGCCGCCUGCGGCAUCUCGUGCGUCGCAAACAUGACCGUCACGACGUCGAACGAGAAGGGCUCGCCGUAGCUCUCCGCGUUGCCCACGCGGAAGAGCUUGCCCGGGUGCCAGAAGCGAGCGACGUCGACCAUUUCCUCCGUCGCAUCGACGCCGACGGCGCCGGGCGCGGUGCUGAAGCCGGUGCCGCAGCAGAGAUCGAGCACGGUCCCGUCGCCCUUGAUCUGCUUCAGGAUCUCG